AUGAAUACUUUCACUAAAUUUCCUGAAGAUGACGAAAUCACCAAUCAUAAAAUUAAAGCCUUGGAACUAAAUGCAUCUCAAUUUUAAGCAUAAAUGAAGGUAAAUAACAAGAGUUAUGUAGCCUCUAUUUAAUGAGAACACUAGGUUAAAAUAAGAUGUUAUCAGUCUUAAUUUCUAUAUGGAGGAAAGAAAAUUAUAAUUAGCUAACCUUAUUAGUGAUACUGGUCCAAAUGGAGAAGACAGAGUAUUAAUAAAGGCAGUGGCAGAUUUCAAAUAAAUAUGUGAUUUAUUAGAAGGUAUUACAGUAUUUAUAAAAAGAGGAAAUAAUUAGAUUGAAUGAUAUAAUAAUUGAUAAUAAUGAUGCUAAAUCUGCAUUUUAAUUAAGUAUUAAACAAUUAAAAGAGAAUUUGGAGAAAGAAACAGAAAGACAUUUUAUAGAAAAAUAAUAGUUGAUAGAUUAAAACAGAAAAAUGAAUGAGUACCAUAAAUAACAAAAAUUGUUGAAUGAGCAAAGAUAAAAUAAUCUGGUAUAUUUAUCUAAUUUAUAUUUUAGCAAAUGAGAAUUGAAGAUCUUCAUUCUUAAAUUAUGUAAGUAAAAUUAAAUGAAUAUAAUUUGCAUAAGUAUUAUAAAGAGGAAUUGGAAAUAAAGACUCAGAAAUUGAAUGAAGAAUUAACUUAGGUGAAGUUUGAAAAGUAAGAUCAAAUGGAGAAAUUUGAGAAUGAAAGAAGAUCUUAUUUAAAAUAGUUGGAAGUCUUUAGUUCUAAGUUAAAUGAGGCAAAAAUGGAAUUGAUAAAUGAAUACGAAUAUAAGAUUUAAUCAUAAAGAAUAAAAUUGGAUAAUUAAAUAUAAAAAUUAAAAGAGGAUUUAUAAGAAUAUAGAAAUUAAUCUUUGUAAUAUAUUGAAAAAAAUAAAAUCUUAUAAUUUUAAAUAGAUAGAUUUUAACCAUACAUUACAAGUUUAGAGAAAGAUGUACAAGAUCAGAAAUAUAAAGUAUUUCUUUUUGAUGAAUAAAUGAAAGCAAAGGAUUCUAAACUACUUCAGAAAGACACAAUAAUUGAUUAAUUGAAGUAUUACAAAAAUAUAUAUAGUGAAUAGAUUAAGAGAUUGAAAAAUGAUAAAACUCAACCAGGAACAAGAGAGAAUGCCCGAAAAUAGGGAUCGAUAGUUUAAUCAAAUAAAAAUUAAUCUCCUGAUAAAUUGCAAUCAUAAAAGAUUAAUUAAUAAUAAAGGUAAGCAAUUAGAUAAAGAGAAGUAUUAAAGUAAACUAGCAAUCCUGAAUCAGGAGCAUAAUCAUCUUAUAAAAGAACAUCUAUAUAAAAAGAUGAAUUUUCAUUUGAAGAUACCACAAUUGAAUAAUACGUUGAAAAUAAUAGACAAGAAAUGCCUUAAUCAAUUCAGUAAACAAGAAGAUAAUCAAUAGUUGAGGAUUAACCUAUUUAAUAAAUAUCUAUUAUUAAAAUAGUAUCUAAUGAAGCAGUUUCAACCUUUAGAAAUAAUAAUGAUGGAUUACAAAAUAAAAAUAUCUCAUAGAAUAAAUCUUUAUAGACAACUUAGAGAGCAUGGAUUAUUUAAGAAGAUUUUGGAGUACAAUGUGAUUUAGUUGAAACUGAUUCUAAUACAUCUUCUUUUUAUACAACAGAUGCAUAAUUAGCAAGAUGUAAGAAUGAAAUUAUUAGACUUAAGGAAGAGUUUGAAUUUAAAAUUAAAUGUAGUUAAGAUGAAAUCAAUGACAUGUAGGAUUUAAUGAAAAUUUCAAAAGUUAAACAUCAACAACUUAUUGAAUAAAUGAAAAGAGAUUUUUAAUAGUAAUUAUAAUAAGAAUUAUUAACUAAAGAUUUACUUAUCUCUUAAUUGCAAUAAACAAUUAAUGAAAAAGAUUAGAGUAUUAAGAAUUAUAUUGACUCAGAAUAAUUGUAUGAAAUGUUAAUUGAAGAUUUAAAUCUAAGAUUAAAAUCUAAAGAUUAAGAAUAAUUGGAGCUUUAAAAGAAAUUUUAAGAAGAUCUUCAUCAAUUAAAAACUGAAAAUUAAAUUGAAUAAAAAAGACUAUUAGAAUUAUCAGAAAAUUUGAAAUUAAUUCAUAAAUAGGAAGUGGAAAACUUAAAUAAUUAACAUUUGUUAGAUUAAGAAAAACUUAUGUUAGAGAAAAAAAAACUCAAAGAAUAAUAAGCUGAUCAUGAACUAUUUAUUAAAUAAACUACAGAUUUAUUAGAAUAAGCAAAAUCAAAAGAAUAUUUAUUAGAUAGUUAUAGAAGAGAAUUAUUAAAAACUAAUGAAAUUGUUAAAUAUUUAUCAUUAGAGAUUGAAAAUUUUAAAAAAAUCAAUAAUAUCUUUAGAACUAAAAAUGAACAUAUUUCUUAAAAUUUUCUUUAUAAUGGUAUGGGAUUUCUUCCAACUGAAGUUUAAGAUAAAAUUAAGAAUAAAAUGAAUAAAGUUAAGUAUAAAUAAAGUUUACCUUCCAAUAUAUCAAAAGAUGCUUAUGCUAUGAAUUUUUAACUCUAAAAAAGUUAAAAAAUGAAAGCUGCAAAAUUAACAUCAAUGACAAACAACAUUCAAGAUUUGAAAUAAUAAAAGUCAGUAUAAUUUAUAUUAAUAGAUAAGAUAUAAAAUUUAAAAUAGAAUAAUUAAACGAUAAUAAUGAUGGAUUACCUAAGAUAAAUUCUAAAAAUGCUUAAGAAUUAGAAAGAUCUAAUUCAGAAUCAAAAUAAAAAAUAAUUAAUAAAAAUGUGAGAUCGAGUAAAUAAUUUUAUUAUUUAUCAUUUUUAGAGACCCAACAGGAAGAUUAUGAAACUAAUAAUCCAAAAAGAAUAAUUUAAGAUAUUAAUCAAAAAGAAAUAUUAUUAAUAUAACGUAGUUAAAUGUUACUUUCUCAGUUAAAUGUUACCACAGAAAAUUAUUAAAAAUAAAUUCCACGAAAAUAAAAUUUUAGUACUUCUAAAAUAUGA